AUGCUAAAGCCUCACAUCCUCGUCUUCUCCAAAACCGCCGCCUAUCGACACACCUCCAUCGAGCCGGCUGUCGUGGCUCUCCUCGCUCUGGCAACAACCUCUGGCCUCUUCACGGCCGCGCACUCCGAGGACGCAGAGGCCAGCUUCGCCGCCGGGUCUCUGCGCGCCUUCACGGCCGUCGUCCUGCUGCACUGCUCGGGCGAGUUCCUGACUUCAGAGCAGCUAGAGGCGCUGCAGGCGUUUGUACGCCGCGGCGGCGGGUUCGUCGCCGUCCAUGGCGCCGCCAGCGGCAUGAAGAGCAGUCUGUGGUACGGCGAGCUGGUCGGCGCGCACUUUGACAUGCACCCUCCCCCGGAGCCUGGGACUGUCGUGGCCGAGGGGCGGCAUUACAUUCUCGGGAACGCGACGGGCAAGGAGCAUUGGAUGGAUGAGUGGUACAACUUUGUCACGCACCCGCGUGAUCGACAGGGGCUGCGGGUUCUGCUGAGGGGGGACACGACCAGUUUCCACGGGGGCAAGAUGGGGGACGAUCAUCCGCUCGCGUGGGUGAGAGAGUUUGACGGUGGCAGGUCGUUCUACACGGCGCUGGGGCAUUUUGACGAGGCGUACAGCGAUGAAUGGUUCAUGGGUUUGUUGACGAGGGGCAUACUGUGGGUGUCACGCGCCGAAGAUACAUGA